AUGAAACUAAAGCAACAUUGGCAAAAUCCACCAACCAUCACUCACUGGACCCCAUCCAACACCAAUCACUGCUCCUGGCCUGAAAUCACCUGCACUCGCAAUUCCAUCACUCGACUAUCCCUCUACAACACCAGCAUCUCCCAAACAGUCCCAUCCUUCAUUUGUGACCUUAAAAAUCUAACCCAGCUGAACCUAAGUUACAACUAUAUUUCCGGCCUAUUUCCAAGAGUUCUCUACAACUGUUCUAAACUUCAGUACCUAGACCUCUCUGAGAACUUCUUUGUUGGUCCCAUUCCUCAUGAUAUUGACAGCUUGCCUCGGCUCCGCUACCUCAGUCUCGGCUCCAAUAACUUUUCAUUCGACAUUCCAGCAAGUGUUGGAAACUUAACGGAGCUAAGAGUACUUCAGCUUUAUAAGAAUCAGUUUAACGGUUCUUUCCCAUCAGCUAUUGGCAAUCUGCAAAAUCUUGAGCAACUAGGAUUGGCAUAUAAUAAAAAAUUUGUACCAUCAAAGUUGCCUUCAAAUUUCUCGCAGUUGAGUAACCUGAAGACUUUGUGGAUGGCUGAAGCAAAUUUGAUUGGUGAAAUUCCUGAACCAAUUGGCAAUAUGACUGCGCUUGAGGUAUUGGAUUUAUCAAAGAAUGGUUUGACUGGAAAAAUCCCAAGCGGUGUUUUCAUGUUGAAGAAUUUAAGUAAAUUAUUCUUNUUUGAUAACAAUCUCAGCGGAGAAUUACCAGAAUCACUUGGGAAUUGUAAUAGUUUAUUAACAAUUAUGAUUUACAACAAUGGCUUCAGUGGGAAAAUUCCUGUGGGGCUGUGGACGGCAUCAAAUUUGUCAUAUGUGUGGAUAAGUGAUAAUAUGUUUACAGGUGAGCUUCCCGAAAAAAUGUCUGGGAAUCUAUCUUCUAUUGACAUCAGCAACAAUAGGUUUUCCGGUAAAAUUCCUGCUGGAGUAAAUUCUUUGAGGAAUCUGCAGGUGUUCAGGGCCAGUAAUAACCUCUUUACGGGUACAGUUACAAGAGAACUGACAGCUCUUCCUUCUUUAACUAUUCUUUGGCUUGAUCAGAACCAACUCUCCGGAACCCUUCCCUCAAGUUUGAGCACAUGGAAGAAGCUCACUACUUUAAACCUGAGAAGAAAUCAGCUCUCAGGAGAAAUUCCAGAGGAAAUUGGCUCUCUACCUGUCCUUAAUAGUUUGGACUUGGCAGAAAACAAAUUUUCCGGAAAAAUUCCACCUCAACUUGGUCUCUUGAAGCUCACCUUCCUUAACCUCUCUUCCAAUCAUCUUAUUGGAGAAAUCCCAAGUGAGUUUGAAAAUGGUGCGUAUGAAAGUAGCUUCUCGAACAAUCCUGGUCUCUGCGCACGGAGCUCGUUUGUAGAACUCAAAAUCUGCAGUUUUCAACCCGAAAAAUCAAUCAAAAUUUCAUCCAAAUAUUUCGCUUUGAUACUGAGUGCAGCCGUUGCCGUCUUUUUGCUGGACUUGGUGAUUUCAUUCUUCAUGUUCAGAGCUUACGGCAAGGGAAAACAUGGAUUGAAUACGAGGACGGAUACGGACAUCACUAAGUUCCAGGAUUUAAAUGACACGACCCAAAAUGAUAUUUGGCCAAAAUUGACAGAAAAUAACGUGAUUGGAAGUGGUGGUUCUGGAAAAGUGUACCGUGUUUCUGUAAAUAGUUCGGGUGAUGUUGUUGCCGUGAAAAUGAUUUGUAAUAACCGAAAGUUUGACCAAAAACUCAAGAAACAAGUUUUAGCAGAAGUUCAAACAUUAAGUAGAAUUAGACAUUUGAACAUAGUAAAGUUGCUUUGCUGCAUUUCCAAUGAGAAUUUGAAACUUCUGGUUUACGAGUAUCUAGAGAAUCGUAGCCUGGAUCUCUGGUUGCAUAAAAGGAAUCGACCAUCAAUUCUCUCUGGCUCUGUCUCUGGCUCUGGCUCUGGCUCAGUCGUCCAUGAUUUUGUCCUGGACUGGCCCAAGAGGUUGCGGAUUGCGGUGGGGGCUGCCCAGGGACUUUGCUACAUGCACCAUGACUGCUCCCCACCCAUUGUCCACCGGGAUGUGAAAUCAAGCAAUAUCCUAUUAGAUUCAGACUUUAAUGCGAAAAUAGCAGAUUUUGGUCUAGCUAAAACCCUGGUCAAGCAGGGAGAACUUGAAACAAUGCCAUCUGUGGUAGGCUCCUUCGGGUACAUUGCUCCAGAGUAUGCUCAUACAACCAAAGUCAAUGAGAAGACAGACAUUUAUAGCUUUGGAGUGAUCCUUUUGGAACUCACAACAGGAAGAGAAGCUAAUUAUGGUGAUGAACAUACAUACCUCUCCAAAUGGGCGUGGCAAUAUCUUCAAGAUGGCAAUCCUAUAGUUGAUGCCUUGGAUGAGGAGAUCAAAGAAGUUUGCUAUUUGGAUGAAAUGAGUCGAGUAUUCAAACUUGGGAUCCGCUGUACCAGCACGCCACCUGCUGCUAGGCCUAGCAUGAAGUCAGUUUUGGAAAUCUUAGUCAAUCCUUCGGUUAUUUCCCAAGCAAAGACUGCUGCAAGUAAGUUUUGA